GAACCAUGCUGCAGUUCACAGAGUAGGUACAGAGUAGGAACAGUCAGACACAUACACUCACACAGACAGACGGUGAACAUGGGCCAGUUACUCAGCUGGAUCCGAGCUCCUCGGGACAAUCAAGCCUUACAGGAUGUGGCCGUGGAACAACAGCCUGCUUUUGACUGCUGUCAAUGCUUUAAGAAAGCACCCAAAGGUUACCAAGAGUUACCGAGUGAGUCGUUCCCACCCGAGUUGUUCCACCCCAGUUCGCAGCCUAGACAGUAUUCUCCCACUUCAGUGGCACAGGUGGCUGUGAAUCCAGCACAAUUUGAGAGUGCAUCUGCCUCCUCCACCAUGGCUACAAAGCCAGGGGCGGUGUCUGUGACAAUGGGUGGUGCCACAGCAAGUGGUGCCACAGCGGGAGGAAGUCCUACUACAGCAGGGACAACACAAAGAGGAACGACCAAAGUGGCGAUGCCAGAGACGGCAUUCGUCUCUCCAGCAGGUGCUACUAUUAUUGACAUACCAACACCUGGGACCAAUGGCAGCCCUAAAGACACCCCAAAGCCAGCACCCAUGCACCUGGCCAAAGCUACACCUCUUACCACGGGAGGUGGCAAUAUUGUAGUGGAGGCGACAACGCCAUGGAAAGCUGAAGUACCAAAGCUGCAAGAGUCUCCGGAACAGACAGCCAAGAGUGUGCCCACCACAUCAAGCAAAGUUGACAUGGCUAAAAAGGAUCCUGCUAAGUUGGUUACGGCUGUUGCUGCACCAGCUGCCGCGGCUGGAGAUGCCUCUCUGAAGGGGCCACAGACUAAGGUACAAGUAGUUCCCCCAGGAGCUAAGGCAGCCAAAGAGCCAGCACCCAUGCACCCAGCCAAAGCUACACCUCUUACCACGGGAGGAGGCAAUAUUGUAGGGGAGGCGACAACGCCAUGGAAAGCUGAAGUACCAAAGCUUCAAGAGUCUCUGGAACAGACAGCCAAGUUUGUUACGGCUGUUGCUGCGCCAGCUGCCGCCGCUGGAGAUGCCUCUCUGAAGGAGCCACAGACUAAGGUACAGGUGGAAGUAGUUCCCCCAGGAGCUAAGGCAGCCAAAGAGCCAGCACCCAUGCACCCAGCCAAAGCUACACCUCUUACCACAGGAGGAGGCAAUAUUGUAGGGGAGGCGACAACGCCAUGGAAAGCUGAAGUACCAAAGCUUCAAGUAUCUCCGGAACAGACAGCCAAGAGUGUGCCCACCACAUCAAGCAAAGUUGACAUGGCUAAAAAGGAUCCUGCUAAGUUGGUUACGGCUGUUGCUGCACCAGCUGCCGCGGCUGGAGAUGCCUCUCUGAAGGGGCCACAGACUAAGGUACAGGUGGAAAUAGUUCCCCCAGGAGCUAAGGCAGCCAAAAAGGAGCUUGCUGUGGACCCGUUCGAUGCCCUGGCUGAUUCCUUACCCUCAUCAGAGUCUUUCGCCCCUGCAGCCCAUGUAUACACCGGGCCAGAGGUGAUAGAGCAUGGAUUAUCCUCAAAGAAGGCAGUGAUCUGUGGGGGGAACGACUGCCCACUGCCCCCAGGAUACCGAUUUGAAGACAUGGCCCCAGUUGCAGAUGUCAAGCCAAAAGAUGCCCCGAAACCCAUGAGCACAGAUGAGGCUCUGGACUCCCUGUCCUUUGGGUUCACAACCUCUAUGCCUCCCAUCCCUCAGAAACAGGAGAAGAAAGUGGAAGACUUGGCUGCCAUUGAUGCCUUGUCUGCUGGCUUCUCAAACUUUGCUCCACCUCCACCGGCUCCCAUCAAGAAAGCUGAACAGUUUAAGUCUGCACCUGUGACCAAGUCUCCUGCUCCCCCCGUUGACAAGAAAUCUAAGGUGGAAAAGUUUGCUGAUGACUUCUCUCUGAUGUCAGGAUUGGACUCCCCACUGGCCACCAAGCCCAAGACAGAUGAGAGUGUGCCCACCACAUCAAGCAAAGUUGACAUGGCUAAAAAGGAUCCUGCUAAGUUGGUUACGGCUGUUGCUGCACCAGCUGCCGCGGCUGGAGAGGCCUCUCUGAAGGGGCCACAGACUAAGAAAGUUGAGGAUUUGGCUGCCGUUGAUGCCUUGUCUGCUGGCUUUUCCAACUUUACUCCACUUCCACCCGCUCCCAUCAAGAAAGCUGAAGAGUUUAAGUCUGCACCUGUGACCAAGUGUCCUGCUCCCCUUGUUGACAAGAAAGCUAAUGUGGAAAAGAAACCCAUGAGCACAGAUGAGGCUCUGGACUCCCUGUCCUUUGGGUUCACAACCUCUAUGCAUCCCAUCCCUCAGAAACAGGAGAAGAAAGUGGAAGACUUGGCUGCCAUUGAUGCCUUGUCUGCUGGCUUCUCAAACUUUGCUCCACCUCCACCCGCUCCCAUCAAGAAAGCUGAAGAGUUUAAGUCUGCACCUGUGACCAAGUCUCCUGCUCCCCCCAUUGACAAGAAAUCUAAGGUGGAAAAGUUUGCUGAUGACUCCUCUCUGAUGUCAGGAUUGGACUCCCCACUGGACACCAAGCCCAAGACAGAUGGGGUACAGGUGGAAGUAGUUCCCCCAGGAGCUAAGGCAGCCAAAGAGCCAGCACCCAUGCACCCAGCCAAAGCUACACCUCUUACCACGGGAGGAGGCAAUAUUGUAGGGGAGGUUACAACGCCAUGGAAAGCUGAAGUACCAAAGCUUCAAGUAUCUCCGGAACAGACAGCCAAGAGUGUGCCCACCACAUCAAGCAAAGUUGACAUGGCUAAAAAGGAUCCUGCUAAGUUGGUUACGGCUGUUGCUGCACCAGCUGCCGCGGCUGGAGAUGCCUCUCUGAAGGGGCCACAGACUAAGGUACAGGUGGAAGUAGUUCCCCCAGGAGCUAAGGCAGCCAAAAAGGAGCUUGCUGUGGACCCGUUCGAUGCCCUGGCUGAUUCCUUACCCUCAUCAGAGUCUUUCGCCCCUGCAGCCCAUGUAUACACCGGGCCAGAGGUGAUAGAGCAUGGAUUAUCCUCAAAGAAGGGAGUGAUCUGUGGGGGGAACGACUGCCCACUGCCCCCAGGAUACCGAUUUGAAGACAUGUCCCCAGUUGCAGAUGUCAAGCCAAAAGAUGUCCCGAAACCCAUGAGCACAGAUGAGGCUCUGGACUCCCUGUCCUUUGGGUUCACAACCUCUAUGCCUCCCAUCCCUCAGAAACAGGAGAAGAAAGUGGAAGACUUGGCUGCCAUUGAUGCCUUGUCUGCUGGCUUCUCAAACUUUGCUCCACCUCCACCCGCUCCCAUCAAGAAAGCUGAAGAGUUUAAGUCUGCACCUGUGACCAAGUCUCCUGCUCCCCCCAUUGACAAGAAAGCUAAGGUGGAAAAGUUUGCUGAUGACUUCUCUCUGAUGUCAGGAUUGGACUCCCCCCUGGCUACCAAGCCCAAGACAGAUGAGAGUGUGCCCACCACAUCAAGCAAAGUUGACAUGGCUAAAAAGGAUCCUGCUAAGUUGGUUACGGCUGUUGCUGCACCAGCUGCCGCGGCUGGAGAUGCCUCUCUGAAGGGGCCACAGACUAAGAAAGUUGAGGAUUUGGCUGCCGUUGAUGCCUUGUCUGCUGGCUUUUCCAACUUUACUCCACUUCCACCCGCUCCCAUCAAGAAAGCUGAAGAGUUUAAGUCUGCACCUGUGACCAAGUGUCCUGCUCCCCUUGUUGACAAGAAAUCUAAUGUGGAAAAGAAACCCAUGAGCACAGAUGAGGCUCUGGACUCCCUGUCCUUUGGGUUCACAACCUCUAUGCCUCCCAUCCCUCAGAAACAGGAGAAGAAAGUGGAAGACUUGGCUGCCAUUGAUGCCUUGUCUGCUGGCUUCUCAAACUUUGCUCCACCUCCACCCGCUCCCAUCAAGAAAGCUGAAGAGUUUAAGUCUGCACCUGUGACCAAGUCUCCUGCUCCCCCCGUUGACAAGAAAUCUAAGGUGGAAAAGAAACCCAUGAGCACAGAUGAGGCUCUGGACUCCCUGUCCUUUGGGUUCACAACCUCUAUGCCUCCCAUCCCUCAGAAACAGGAGAAGAAAGUGGAAGACUUGGCUGCCAUUGAUGCCUUGUCUGCUGGCUUCUCAAACUUUGCUCCACCUCCACCCGCUCCCAUCAAGAAAGCUGAAGAGUUUAAGUCUGCACCUGUGACCAAGUCUCCUGCUCCCCCCGUUGACAAGAAAUCUAAGGUGGAAAAGUUUGCUGAUGACUUCUCUCUGAUGUCAGGAUUGGACUCCCCACUGGCCACCAAGCCCAAGACAGAUGAGAGUGUGCCCACCACAUCAAGCAAAGUUGACAUGGCUAAAAAGGAUCCUGCUAAGUUGGUUACGGCUGUUGCUGCACCAGCUGCCGCGGCUGGAGAUGCCUCUCUGAAGGGGCCACAGACUAAGGUACAAGUAGUUCCCCCAGUAGAUAAGGCAGCCAAAGAGCCAGCACCCAUGCACCCAGCCAAAGCUACACCUCUUACCACAGGAGGAGGCAAUAUUGUAGGGGAGGCGACAACGCCAUGGAAAGCUGAAGUACCAAAGCUUCAAGUAUCUCCGGAACAGACAGCCAAGAGUGUGCCCACCACAUCAAGCAAAGUUGACAUGGCUAAAAAGGAUCCUGCUAAGUUGGUUACGGCUGUUGCUGCACCAGCUGCCGCGGCUGGAGAUGCCUCUCUGAAGGGGCCACAGACUAAGAAAGUUGAGGAUUUGGCUGCCGUUGAUGCCUUGUCUGCUGGCUUUUCCAACUUUACUCCACUUCCACCCGCUCCCAUCAAGAAAGCUGAAGAGUUUAAGUCUGCACCUGUGACCAAGUGUCCUGCUCCUCCUGUUGACAAGAAAGCUAAUGUGGAAAAGUUUGCUGAUGACUUCUCUCUGAUGUCAGGAUUGGACUCCCCCCUGACUACCAAGCCCAAGACAGAUGGGGGUGGCUCCAUGUCCCUGGAUGCUCUCAGUGCUCUGGGAGACUCUCUGCCUGCUCCAGAUCCAGCACCUGAACCUCCCAAGAUCAGGCAUGAGGACAUAGUCACGGAGGGCAAACUCACAUCGAAGAAGGGAGUUUUUGUGGGUGAGCGAGAUGACACACUCCCACCAAAGUACAGGUUCACAGAAAACAAAGUCAAAGACCUGCCUCCUCUGAAGCCAGAGCCCUCCAUGGACUCUGGUGAGGCUCUGGAGAUCUUGUCAGGUGACUUCAUGUCUUCCUGUGUGGCUCCAGCUGUCCAUGCUCCUGUCCUCUGCCCCCCAGCUUCUCCCACACAGGCCUCAGAUGACUUUGCCUUGGAUGCCCUGGCAGGGGACUUUGUAGCCCCAGCUGUUGCUCCUGCAGUCAAAUCUGCUGUUGACCGCCAGCUAUCUAGAGGGACAGUAGAUGCUCUGGAUACCUUGUCAGACUCCCUGAUGGACAAGGCUCCUAUCCCAGAGCCUGCUCCUGUCUCAGUCAGAGACAUCGUCAAGGAGAAAAAGGUUGUAGAGGAGAAGCUUACCAAAGUGGGGGAGAGGGAUGACAGCCUUCCAGCUGAGUACCGGCCCACAGAGAAAGACCGAAAGGCAAAUGCAGAGGCCAAAGUCCAGGCUGAUGUUAGACCCAAGCAGCCGUCGAUGGAUGACAGCGAGGCCCUUGACCUCUUGUCUAGAGACUUGUCUUCCUCAACUGGUCCAGCUGCAGCCUCAGUAGCUGUGACAACAGAGCAGAGACAGCCCCGACUGGAGCCCAUGUCUGCCCCUGUCCUGGAUGACCUGGCAGGCACCCUGCUCCCAGACACCCCCGAGUUCAAAUCCAAGGGAGACAAGCCAAAGAGCAAGUCAAGGUCAAAGUCAAAGAAACAAAGGAAGGAGGAUCCGUCAUCCAUAGACCAUCUGUCUGGACAGCUGAGUUCAGACGUAGUGUCAGCAUCCACAAAUAAGGAUGGCAAGAGCUAGACAUCUAUGUUUCUAGCGCACUACGUGUCCCCUGCCACACGGUGGCGCCACUCGAGGGAGCUGCUGUGAAUGAUUCUAUUUUUCUAAAUGGUGGAGAACAUAUACUGGAUUUUUUUUUAAACAUGACCACACACUUACACACAUGCGCAUGUACACACACACACACACCACAGUGUGCAACGCCUUUCCUGCUUGGUUUCGCACAUGACAGAAGAUUGUACUAGGUUUUGGUUUCUUUCAUUUGAGACAAGGAGAGCAAAAUAAAGAGAGGGAACGAGAGCGAGGGAGGGAGUUUGUCCUGACUUAUUUCCCAGGAUUGAACAGAGAACCUGUCCAAUCCUGUAAGGAAAAUUAAAUCUGCGCUUUGCCUUUCAAGACUGACUGUCCAUCCUAGCUAACUGUCUGCAUUGCCCCAACGUUGUAGUGAUGUUGCUGCAACAUUGCUACAGCGUUGGAGGUAAUAGUGAGUGUCAUGUGUUUAGGAACAGUAUAUAGGGGUUAUGUAGGAUUGGGAUGUCUGUCCAAUAUUGAUGUACACAGAAGAGUUGAGUUUUCUCUUAAGUGGACACCCACCAUUAAUACACUAGUGUACAGCAUAGUCUGCUCAAUAUUGAAACGUAUAAAAGGAUUUACAGGAAAUGAUCUGCUUGAUAUGGAUGCAUCUGUGAGCAAUUCUAUAUAUUUACUUUCUGUAAAGCAAUAUAUAUUAAGAAGGGUUUAUAUAUGUGUGAACUUUGCCUUAUAAAAGCAUUUACUGGUUUCAGAAAGUGGACACAGAAGUUAACUUAGGAAGUCACUAUGUCUGUAAACUGUCUUUGUUUGUACACUGUAAAGACUUGCUCUAGAUAUGAGGACACUGUCAUUUACACAGUCUAAAGGGCUAUCACUUCUAGUCAAAAAGUCCAACGCUUUGUGGAUUAUUUCCCCAAGAUGGUAUCACAGAAUUCUACAUAUUUAGGUGCAGGUCUCAAACUUAAAACUUGAGAGAUAUUUUGGAAAUGGGAAUUCUAAUUAAAUAAAUACAAAUAAUAAUUGUAUUGUGUGUAUUCAGCAUUCAUGUGUCUGGAGUAACUCCUUGUGCCACCCUCAACAAUCGAAAACAGAAAAAUACUUUUUGUAGCUAACAUGGGGUAACCUAAAAUUUACAUUGCCAAUAAAUAAAUGAAUGCCUAUAACAAGACAUGAUAGUAUUAUAAUACAUUUGUGUAAGAGGGUCUUUCGGUAUAGGGAACUUACUGUAUAUCUGUGUUGCAGUUAAAGGGAAGAAAGUUAUACUAUUUUAGAAAUAUUUUCACAUGUAAUAUUAGGACCAUCUUUCGCUUGUACAAAGCAGCGCAGGUGUUUUUAAUUUUAUUUUACAAAGCUCCUUCCACCUUGAGUUUUGGAACGUGUGUUCAACCUCGACUCAAGUCUUCUUUUUUUGUCUUUUGUUUGUGCAACGGCCUUCGGGCACUUGAGGAGUAGAAUUUGAGUGUCGUAAAUAAAACAUAAUAAAAAUCGAUGUGGUUUCACCA